CAUAUACAACAAUGACAACAAUAAAUAAAAUGGCAGGACAUGUAAAAAAUAAGUUCCAUUAAAGUUCUUAUUAAAUUUGUUUUUCUUGCACUGGAAGUUUAUAGUAAAAGAAUUACGUUAGUGUUAAUUAUUAGUGUUGUGUUUAAUAUGGCCAGGAGACGAGACAUAUCUCAUGAAGAAAUUGUAAAACAAUUUAGCUUACCUGAACGUCAGUCAAAAAUUGAUACUCUUCUCAAGCAGGAUGGACAGGCUUAUUGUCUUUGCAGAUCUUCUGAUAGUUCCAGAUUCAUGAUAGCAUGUGAUGCUUGUGAAGAAUGGUAUCACGGAGAUUGUAUAGCCAUUUCUGAGAAAGAAGCCAAGCUAAUAAAGCAAUAUGUUUGCAUAAGAUGUCAUGAAGAAGAUCCUACACUCAUUACACGGUGGAAGACCAAACGUGAGGAUAACUAUACUGAUAAGGAGGAACAUAGAUCCCGAAAACGGAAGGAUCGUAGUGAAAAUAAGAUAGACAAGAAAAAGAAGAAAUGUGGAGAUUGUAUGGGAUGCUACAGAACAGAAGAUUGUGGUCGGUGUGAUGUUUGUACAAGGAAAUUUAAACACAGUAGACAAAAAGAACGUUGCAAGCAACGUAUUUGUGUUAAUUAUGGGGGGAGCCAUAAUCGUCGCAAAAGGAGGGAUUCCACCUCAGAUAAUGAACCCAAUACAGCAACCCAUUUAAUGACAGACUACCCCCGACAGUGUUAUGGCCCUGGAUGUAGCAAUAGUGCACGCUAUGGCUCCAAAUAUUGUUCAGACGUCUGCGGAAUUCGUCUCGCAACCAAUCGUAUUUGUCAAGUGUUACCGCAAAGAAUACAAGAAUGGGCCCUCAGCCCUUGUAUUGCUGAAGAAAAAAAUAUUAAAGCUCUUGACCAAGUGAGAAAGCAGCAGCUUGAAGUAAGGCAAAUUUUACAAGAAUUAGAUAAACGCCAUGGGGAAUUGGACCUUAUCAUAGACAGAGCAAAAAAUGCUAGUAUUGUUCCAAACCAAGAGACAGACAAUGACGAUGACACCGAGAUUUCAACAUACUGUAUUACUUGUGGUCACGAGAUUCACUCAAAAACAGCCAUUAAGCACAUGGAAAAGUGUUUUAAUAAAUAUGAAUCACAGGCAACGUUUGGGUCCAUAUUUAAAACAAAAAUUGAAGGUAAUUUUUGUUGUAAGAAUACUAGAUCUUCCCCUAUCUACCAGUCACUGUGAGCUCGAAACUGUUAG